AACGUCAAUUCGAACCAUCAACACUACAUCAUAAGCUAUGGCAUAGCAUCAGUAAAAAUUAACUGUGAAUUUUGUUAUUACAAAAACUUUGUGUGAAAUUAUUUAAAUAUUACUGCAGAUAUUCCGUAAUGGAUUAUAUAUUUUAGUUUAAAACUAAAUUAAAUCUAUCUUAUGAAGUGUCUUAGACAGAAACAAGACAAUAUGUCAUUAUUACCCUCUCUUUUAGUGAAUUGGAUCUUGUUAUUACCUGUAAUUAAUUAUUGCAAGUUUUAACUUUACCUGUAAUAAUCAUAGCUAUUCAUGUUUCCACGAUUUUUCCGAGAUGACGACAAAGGAGUUAUAUACAAAGGGUGCUAGAAUAUGGAUACCUCACCCAGAAUUGGUUUGGGAAGGUGCAGAAGUGGUAGAGAAUUAUGUGGCAGCUACUCUGAAAGUUAAGACUGAGGAUGGUAAAAUUAAGUCAAUUAAAGUUCCAAAAGAAGAAAAUCUACCUCCAUUAAGAAAUCCAGAUAUUUUAAUUGGAGAAAAUGAUCUCACAUCAUUGUCGUACCUGCAUGAACCUGCAGUAUUGUAUAACCUGCAAGUACGGUUUUGCAACCAAAAUGCCAUCUACACUUAUUGUGGUAUUGUUCUGGUUGCAAUCAACCCUUAUACAGAGCUGCCUAUCUAUGACACCGACACCAUUCACACCUAUCGAGGCAAGGCCAUGGGUGACUUGGAUCCUCACAUCUUUGCUGUUGCUGAAGAGGCGUACACAAAGAUGGAAAGGGAACAGAGAGAUCAGAGUAUCAUCGUGUCUGGAGAGUCUGGAGCAGGCAAGACAGUAUCCGCCAAGUACGCAAUGCGGUAUUUUGCUACUGUGGGCGGCUCCACCACUGAAACACACGUCGAGCGCAAAGUCCUUGCCUCCAGCCCUAUUAUGGAGGCCAUUGGAAAUGCAAAAACGACUCGCAAUGACAACAGCUCUCGCUUCGGAAAGUUUAUAGAAUUACAGUUCAGUAGGACAUACAAUAUUAUCGGGGCCAGCAUGAGAACGUACCUACUGGAGAAGUCACGUGUAGUCUUCCAGGCACCUGAGGAACGUAACUACCACAUUCUCUACCAGUUGUGUGCGGGUAGAGAAGAGUACCCCUACUUGAAGUUAGAUGACGCCACGAUAUACAGGUACUUGAGUCAGGAGGCCGUGAUACCUGGUGUGGAUGAUGCUCAGUGCUUCCAGGAAACAAUAUCUGCUCUAGUCACUCUUGGGUUCUCUGAACGUAAAAUAACAGAUAUAUUCCGAGUGCUUGCAUCAAUCCUACAUCUGGGGAACAUCAAUAUCACAGGUGUCAACGACAUGGACGACAGCUCAAUUCCGGAGGCAGAUAGUCAUUUACUAAUUCUGGCAGAACUGCUAGGAGUGGAUGUACAGGAGUUGCGUAAGUGGUUGUGCCUGCGUCGUAUAGUCAGCAGGAGAGAAGUCUUUGAGAAGCCCAUGACACUAACGGAGGCUAUGGGAGCUCGGGAUGCUUUAGCGAAGUAUAUUUACGCAGAGCUGUUCUCCUGGAUUGUGCAAAUAAUAAAUCGAACCCUGGAGACAUCAUCAGGAGCAAGACAUAAGUUUAUUGGCGUAUUAGAUAUUUAUGGGUUCGAAACCUUUGAAAUAAACAGUUUUGAACAAUUCUGCAUCAAUUAUGCAAACGAGAAACUGCAACAACAGUUCAAUCAGCAUGUAUUCAAGCUGGAACAAGAAGAAUAUCUAAGGGAAGACAUUGAAUGGAAGUUUAUUGAUUUCUACGACAACCAGCCCUGUAUUGACCUGAUUGAAACUAAACUAGGUAUUCUGGACCUUUUGGAUGAAGAAUGCCGGAUGCCCAAGGGUUCUGAUAGUUCUUGGGUGGAAAAGCUGUACUCAACUUGUACCAAGUGGCCUCACUUUUCCAAACCAAGGUUUGGAACUAAUGCUUUUGUGAUCAAACACUUUGCUGACAGAGUGGAAUAUGAAGCACUUGGGUUUUUGGAGAAAAAUAGAGACACAGUAGUCGAAGAGCAGGUGGAAGUGUUGAGGAGUGGCAACAAUAGGUUAGUCCGCAGUCUGUUCCGAGAUGACAACAAGCUGUCCGUGUCCACAAUUCCUGCUGCUCCAGUCCCCAAGACUCGGGUGGUAGUGACAUCGAAGUCUGCUCCCAGUUCCAACACCUCUAGUCUGUCAAAAAACAAGAAAACGGUUGGGUCUCAGUUCCGUAGUUCGCUCAAUGCGCUGAUGUCCACUCUGAAUGCAACCACUCCCCACUACAUCAGGUGCAUCAAGCCAAAUGACAGGAAAUUGGCGUUUGAGUACAAUGCUCCCAGAGCAGUACAACAGCUUCGAGCCUGUGGAGUCUUGGAAACCAUCAGAAUCAGUGCUGCCGGUUUCCCUUCCAGAUGGCCCUACCUGGAUUUUUUCAAUCGCUACAGAGUGCUGUGUAGAUCUCAAGAUAUCAAGAGGGACAAUAUGAGGUCCACGUGUGAGUGCAUUCUUGUCAAUUUUAUCAAGGAUAAUGAUAGGUUCAAAUUCGGUAAGACAAAGAUUUUCUUCAGGGCAGGCCAAGUGGCUUAUUUGGAGAGGCUGCGGUCUGAGAGGCUGAGGCAUUGCUGUAUAAUAAUGCAGAAAACUAUUAGAGGUUUCCUGCAGCGCAAACGUUACUUGCGUGUCAUUCAUGCAACCCGCACUCUGCAGAGGCUAGCUCGUGGUUUCGUUGCACGCAGACGAGUGAAUCAUAUACGAAGGAACCUGGCUGCAAUCAGAAUCCAGAAGUGUGUGAGAGGCUGGGUGAGGAGGGUGAAGUACGUGAGGUUGAAACAGGUGAUCCUGGGACUGCAGGCCAGAGGACGAGGCCUGCUCAUGAGGCGCAAGUUUAUGGAAAUGAAGUACAAUAAAGCAGCUUUAAUAAUUCAGAAGAACGUUCGAGCUUGGAUAUGCAGAAAGAAUUACCAACAGAAAAUGAAGAAGGUGAUAGUAGCACAGAAUGCAGUGCGCAGAUUCUUGGCAAGGCGAAAGCUCAAGGAGUUGAAGAAGGAAGCUCGUACAGUUCAGCAUCAUAUAGCCCUUAAUAAGGGGCUUGAGAAUAAGAUCAUCCAACUGCAACAGCAGAUCGGAGAAUUGACAAAAGAAAAUAAUUCUUUAAAGACAGUGAACAAUGAACUGAGUGAGACGCGUGCCAAGUUGGAGGUAUUGCGAGGUGCUGACGUACAAUUGAAGAAACGGUUGGUAGAACUGAGCGAACAAGAGAAGAAACUAAAGGAAGUUGCUUCAGAACUGGAGAAGGAACGGAGUGAAAAAAUUGAUUUAGUUACAGAAAAAGAAACCUUACUCAAUGAGUAUAAUACUAAGAAAAAACAGUGGACGAGUGAGAACCUAGAACUGAAGGAACAAAUCAACCAUCUCAAUGAGCAAAUUCAAAACAACAGAAUAAAUGUUGAACAAUCACUGCGAGCACGGCUAGAUUCGGAGAAGCAACAAUUGCUGCAGGAGCACGAACAGGACUUGGACAACUACCAGAAGGUGUUAUGUGAGAAGACUGACCUGGAAGCGCGUUGUGACACGUUGGAACGUGAACUGACACGUAUGAAGGGUGGCAAAGUUGGUAACUGCUCUUUUUCGGACUCCUCCUCCUUCCUCUCGCAGGAUGACAGCAUGGCCACUCUCAUCAAUGAAAUGCCGGAAGAAGACUUUGGUUAUGGAUCUGUACGCUCAGCCAGCAGCCGUAACACUGACCGCAGCAGUGACUGGAGUGCACAGACGACACCAGAGUCGACAAUGAACCGCAGCAAGGCAGUUGCAAUGUCACAGGAGUCGGUCCCUACAGACGCUCUGUCAGUUGAUGUGGGACUGGUACUGAAACUGCAGCAGAAGCUCAAGUUCGUGGAAAAGGAGCGACACAGACUCCACCGCAGACUCGAGGAGCACGAUGACUUGCCCGGGGAACACAAGGCCCAAGACAAUUUCAAGCUGCAAGAGUUGGAGAUGGAGAACAGCAAGUUGCGAGCGGACUUGAUGACUCUGAGGAACACCGUGGCAGAGUCCAUUCCAGGAAAACCUUCAGAGGAGCUCAUGAAUCAAUUCAAAGCGCAAGAAUUAGAACUGGUGCGCCUCCGAGACGAGUGUGUACAGCUGCGCAGCGUACUGGCCAAUCAGACCCAGGGCCUGAAGAGCAUAGCCACCACCAACUACACGGCGCAGGACAUAGACAUGUCUCUCAUUAAUGAGGAUGGAGAGCUUGUUCUAGCGUUUGAAGCACAAAAGAAAAUAAACAGACAACUAGAAGAUGAGCUGCAGUUUGUGAAGAUGCGUUCUGUUGUCGAGAGGGAGGAGCUGGUGACCGAACUGAACAGGCUGAGAGACGAGAACGAGAAACAACAGAGCUUGCUCUCGGCAAACCUAACCAAGAGCCCACAGAGUCAGAAUGAAAUCUUUCUGAAGCAUGAAAUAGGGAGACUGUCCUAUGAAAAUUAUGAGUUACAAGAGAAACAUGACCGGAUCGCAGAGCAGCACAGGAAGCUGAAGAAGCUGUACCGGGAUCUGAACAGGAGGAUGAAGGAUGCCGGUGUAAGUGAUUUAGUCGGAACACAAGUUUCAACUGUAGUAGAGCAAGUACCAUCCAAUCAGCCAAUUGUGCGCAAGAAGGAACGCAAGUUCAAUGGAAUGUUCGAGUUCAAAAAGGGUGAUGAGAACAUCAUCGUCAGGCAUCUAAUUUAUGAUUUGAAGCCCCAAGUGGCUAUAAAACUGUUGCCAGGUCUCCCUGCCUACAUUAUCUUCAUGUGUGUUCGUCACACUGAUUUCAUUAACGACGAAGAGAAGGUGCGUAAUCUACUGACAGAAUUUAUAAAUUCUAUAAAGAAGUUGGUGAGGAAGCGUUCAGAUGACAUAGAAGUUACUGUGCUGUGGCUGUCAAACACACUGAGGUUGCUGCACAACCUUAAGCAAUACAGUGGAGAGAAAACGUUCAAGGAGGAGAACACUGCAACUCAGAACGAGCAGAGUUUACACAACUUUGACCUUUCCGAGUACAGGCAGGUCCUCAGCGACAUGGCCAUCUGGAUAUACACGGCUGUGAUUCGUCACAUGGAAGAGAAGCUGCAGCAGAAAGCAGUGCCUGCGAUCUUGGAACAUGAGGCGAUCUCUGGUCUUUCCACAGGCAAGCGGGGCCGUGCAGCAUCCGUUAUUGACACAGUUCCCAUGCCAACACAGAAGACUUUGGAGAGUCUCCUACAAGAGCUUACAGGCUUCCAUCGAACUCUCACUCUACACGGAGUCGAUCAUGAGAUCAUCGUCUCAGUGUUCCGUCAGCUGUUCUACUACAUGUGUGCUAGUUCCCUGAACAACCUACUGCUGCGAAAAGAUCUCUGCCACUGGAGCAAGGGGAUGAACAUCCGCUACAACUUGUCUCACCUGGAACAAUGGGCUCGUGAUAAGAUCAAUGACGUUACAAUCACAAAUGAGCUGGCACCCAUUAUCCAAGCCUCACAGCUUCUACAGGCCCGCAAGAGUGAUGAGGAUGUGGCAACAGUAUGCGAGAUGUGUAACAAGAUGUCCGUACCUCAGAUUGUGAAGCUCCUCAACCUCUACACACCAGCUGAUGACUUUGAAGAAAGAGUUCCACUGUCUUUUAUUCGCAAAGUUCAGCAGCGGCUCAAGGAACAAGCUGGAAACCAGGAUCAGUCAACGUUGCUUAUGGACACAAAAUACAAUUUUCCUGUGCGGUUUCCCUUCAAACCUUCUUCGAUUCAAUUGGAAGAAAUUGAAAUUCCAGAAGUACUUAACUUACCCAUGCUAAAAAAAGUGUAAGCCAGGCUUAGCACAAUUUUAGAUAUUUAGUUUUAAUUUGUUUUUGUAGAAUUGUAUUAAAUUCACAAUUUGUAUUAUAAACUGUAUUAUAGGUGUAAGACUCCAAGUUCCGUCUUCUUAACCCCUCACCCCUACCCUCAUCCUUCAUUCCAAAACUAACGAAAUACUUGCACUUUUAGAGAUGUUCUGAAUAUGCAUUCUGUUUAAAUACACUCAAGUAAUUCAAUUACUAACUCAUAAUUUUAGUGGUAGAGCAUACAGUUAUGCAUUUAUUUUGUUCUAUGCAUUUAACUGGGCUAGAAUGUUUCACACACACGUGUUAUCUCUGAUGUUAGACUGGAAAAGCUUCAACAACAUUCUUCUUCAAAAACUGCAAACUGAGAUUUAAAAACACAUAUCCUUGCCAUUCUUCUGUAGAUACACAUAUCUCACUUAAACGUUUAUCGCAAAAAACUUGUUGAAAGUUCGUAAUGUUGGUUUUUGUUGAUAAGGAAUCUUUGUUUUUUCUGGUUGCUAUUCUGUUAUGGUCUAUUUAAAAGUUAUUUUACUACCUGAUAUUUAGGUCUUGACAUGGGUGAGUGCUAAAUAAUUGUGUGAAAAGAUAUGACGGUUAUAUGCUCUGGGAGCUGGAUUUAUUGUGUGUGAAUAAUGAAUUAUGCAAUAAUUUCAAACACCUAAGUGUGAAUUUAGCAUUUUAUUAGUUUUUGGUUAUAUAUUUGUAAGAACUCUCUAGAGAGUCAGGAUUGUAAGAAUGAGUUAUAUUUAAAAUUAUAAUUAUGUCUACAGUAAGGAUUAACAUUUUUUAUUGUUUUAAAUUCAUGUUACAACAUACAAUAAUUUAUUAACCAUUACCAUUUUAAAUCGCUUUGAGUCUACUUUUAAAUAUGUCUCUGGUUUGAUUACAUGUAAAUAAGCUAACUUUUGCAGUAUGUCGGAUAAAAUGCAGACUGUGCUAUAAUGUUUUGAUGGUCCAUUAAUGUAAAGUACAAUUCUAACGGAUGUCUUACAUUGAUCUUAUCACGAGCCCAUUGUUCCAAGUUAAGAGGUUGUAGCAGAUGGUCAUUCCCUUACACAACUCACCUAAACAUUUCUCACAAAAUACUGAGCUUUGUCAUCAUGCUCUUGUUGAAAUAAUUUUGAAGUAAGAAUAUUUUUCUGUUCUAAUAUUCCUAUAGUAUACAUGACAUUUUUGCUUUUUGCACCAUGACUAUCUGCAUACAAACCUUUAGACAUAUAAAAGUAUUCGACUUGGUGAAUAUUUUGUUUUUAUUAAUACCAGUGGCCAUGAUAUUUUAGUGCCUUUUUGCACCUAAAUAAAUUAACUGGUUAGAAAAUGUAUUGUUGAAUGCUUUAAAUUAUAUAAGAAUGUUACUACCACUUGUAUGUAGCUCCUCUGUAUAUGAUACAUUUUAUUUUUUUAAUAUGUUUUUAAAAAUGUUUCUUCUUUGACUGACAACACGAGGCCAUAAAUUUAGUUUAAACAUAUAGCUUAGUUGAUUUGGUAUUGUUUAAUUUAAUUAUUUCACUAUACAGACUAAUAUUUUAGAAGGUUUUAAAUUUUUUUAUACAUCUACCUAUGAUUUUAUCUAGAAAUUUUGUUGUCCAAUAAAUAGAUUGUGUUUUUAAUUAACAACUAUAACCAUUCAAAUAAAUUCGGAACUGUUUUUGGUGUAGCCGCAAUAAGACAGAAACUCUUUGAUGUGUAUCGGAUUCUGCCAGUACAGUGAAAACCUUUGAAAUACUAGAGAUAACAAAGUAUUACUUAUUGCCAACAGCGUAACAAACAUUUAUCAGGUUUACAAUGAAGUACAUGGAUAUUCGGAGUACAGGAAAAAUGUUGAUCACCAAUAUAUUACGUAUUUAAAACUAAUUUAAUAACAGUAUCUGGUCCAACUGUAGUGUUAAAUAAAUUUAAAUCAGUUAAAACAAUAACAUUUAUCAAUUAAAAUGUAUAAAGAAACAGUACUUAGCUCACAUGGAUGUGCUAGUUCAAAUUGUACAUUAAAAAAUUGUAAUCCAAAUUAUUGUUCAAGAAAUGGUAAUUGAUUUGUAUAUAUUUUAUCAGACCAAUAGUACGUUGAUAGUUACCAAAUUUUGUACUGAAUCGUUACGAUUCUUUAUCAUUGUUGGCAACCACUAUCCAUUGGGAAGGUUAUUCUCUAUAGAAUGAAGUUAUGAGUAAAAGUAUCUAACAGUAUUUUAUUUCUAGUACAAUAUGUCUGGUGAGAGUAACAUGAAUAGUGAGAAUAAUGUAAUGUGCAAUAUGUAUUAUAUAACUUUACAUUCCUUGUAAUGUUCCAUUACAUAAUAAGUGUCCAUAAAGUGAUAGAUGGUUAUAAGUGUGUUAUAUUUUUAUUAAUAGGAUAUUUAUUGUUAGUUAGAAAUGAUUACGCAGUUAAAUAAAAGUUGUAUUUUAAUUUAAUUUAAAAGUAGUAUUAUGAACAUACUGAAUGUGUAUACUAACAUGUUUUGAUGAUUACAAGUUGUGUGCUUUCCCAUUAUUCUAAAAUUAAUUAUAGUACUUAAGUUUGAGAAAAAUCUUUUAAAAUUCAACGUAUUCUAAUAAAAUACGCAUUCCCUUGUUAUUUAUUUUCUUAUAUUGUUACAUUCGUUCAACUUAUUAAGUAUUACUAUAAGUUUUGUUAACACAACAAAUAAAUUCCAUUGUCACUAUUUAUUAGUGCUUGAA